GCCUCUAUCCCUCACACAUUGCGGCCUCUCCUCCUGUCUCCACCUUGCAGCAGCAAUAACCUGUGGAGCCGAACUACGAAUAAGCCCCUCCCCUUCCUCUUCAUCUUCCUCCAAUCCUCUUAUGGCCGCGCCCUCUCCAGCGCGUUGCAUCUUGGUAGCUGUAGUCCAUACAGGAGCACUGUCACUAGUCCAAGCUGAGGAGGAAGAGCUGACAUUAAGACUACAACUCCCACAAGUCAGCAGUGAUUAACCUGUCGCCGACCAGAGGAGUGCAGAACACCGGUAAAGCACAGGUAGAUCAGAGUGUGGCAGUGAGUCCAGGAGCCGCUGACCCCACAGCCGAACACAUUGACCCCUGGAACACACGAUGAGCGUUUGGGUCCGCGCCGGACUGGUGGGCUCCAUCAUUUCCUGUCUACACAAGAAGAGAACGGCACUUGCUGAAGUAAAAAGAGAUACUGGGCGGCCGGGCACGGAGGAUCGGGACUAUGAGCUGAAGCUGGUGCAGGUUGUCUUUCGCCAUGGAGCCCGGACCCCCCUGAAACCAAUCCCACACAAAGAGCAGGUGGAGUGGACACCAACUCUCCUGGAGGCUCCUGAACACACUCAGUUUAAUUAUAGGGUCACAGAUUUGGAGGGUGGGCCCCAACCCCCCUCCCCGUUUGAGGAGCGAUACAGAUCUAGCAAACUGAAGGGGGGCGCCUUCCCCGGCCAGCUCACCACUAUUGGGAUGCAGCAGAUGUUCUCCCUCGGAGCCAGGCUGCGGAGGCUUUAUAUGGAGGAGCGGAGAUUUCUCUCCCCGGUAUUCAAUCCAUCUGAGGUCUACGUCCGCUCCACUAACAUAGUCCGUAAUGUAGAGUCAACGCGGUGUUUACUGGCCGGACUUUUCCAACAUAAGCAAGACGGACCGGUCACUAUAGUCACAACCGAGGCUGACGAUGAAAUCCUGUAUCCUAAUUAUCAAGGCUGCAAGGAGCUGAAAGUUCUGACCAGUGGUCGCAUGCCCCUCGCCUCUUCUCAGCCCGGGAUGACGGACGUACUGAAGAAACUUCAUCAAGACCUUAAUAUCGACAACACCAAGCAAGUGGACUUCUUCCUGCUGCUGGACAACCUGCUCGCCGAACAGGUGCACGGGUUCCCCUUCUCCAUCCAGUAUGAAAGCCACCUACAGCAGUCGGAGCAGAGAGUCAUCGACAUCGUGUCUUACAUAAUGGGACCCAACAGGGAAGUUCUGAAGUUGUGCGUGGGGCCCUUCCUUCACACCCUGCAGGGUAACAUGCUGGAGACGACGAGGCGCUCCGCUAAGGACACACAGCCCAGGAAGCUCUUCCUCUAUGCCACACACGACGUGACUCUCAUACCUCUUCUCAUGGCCUUCGGUGUCUUCGACCAGAAGUGGCCGCCAUAUGCUGCUGACAUAACGCUCGAGCUGUACCAGCAUCGGCCUUCCAAGGAGUGGUUCACCCGCCUCAGCUACAACGGGAAGGAACAAGUGGUGAGGGGCUGCAGCUCCGGCCUGUGUCCCCUCGAUCAGUUUCUGAACGCCCUCUCUGAAUUCGUGUUGAGUCCAGAAGACUACAGGACACUGUGCUGCCGGACUGAGGAGGAACCUGCUGACAAGGCCAAGGACUAGCACCCCCAACAUCAACCCAGACCUCCUUGUAGCCAGAAGAAGGACUAAACGUCAGACCAUGCCAUCCAUCACAUCUACAUAAAAAGAUCUGAACACUUAAUCUUAAUUAUCAUCAGGGCUCCGCUCACAAUCCUGUUAGCUGCGGCGUGUGCAUCCGCCAGCAUCCCCUGCUGGUUCAGUGUCUGCACGGAGCUCAUUCUGGCUACUUGUUUUCUGUAUAUCAGGUAAUGAACAAUAAUUUGAUGUAAGAGUAACUCGCACUCCUUCCCCCACAUUAUAGGUGCUCAGCUGUUGUUGGAGGUGUGUCUAAUGGCCACCUUGCUGACUGUUUCCAAUAAUAACCAGCAGAUUUGUGAAUGCAGCUCUGGAGGAUAAUACAGGCUGUUACUCAGGAGAUUUACAAGAUGACUAUAAAGGGAUCAUCCGAUGGUAUGGCGAUACAGCUUGAUCAGUGUUUAAUGAAAAAAAUAUGCAGCUUUUUUCCAUAUACUUGUCUACGUUCAGUGGCUGAAGCCCGUCCUGCUCGCACAGCUGUAGUUUGUCACAGUGUGUCAGUCAGAACUGUCAGCCCGGAGACCAGCACUGGAGAGAGAUUUGCUCUUGGGUUGUAUUUAGCGCACAGAGGAUUGUCCAGCACUGAAGACACUUGUAAGAAGCAGAUUUUCAUCCCCCUCCUGGAUGGAAAUGAUGAGUGUUUCCGAUUAUGAACAGCAAGCAGAGAUCUUGAAGAUUGCUAGCAGUUGUAACACAAGUGUAUUAGGAAGAUGCAAAACUUUUAAUUGUACAAAGAUAAUUGCUAUAAAAUUUCUGCAACUAAAC